GGCUUUUGUGAAGGGAUGGCUUCCUCUGCUCCCUCGUCCUCCAACGAUGCUCCGGACCCCACCCCGCCCAAUCUGCGACCCACAACUUACGACUCGUGGUGCGGCGUGGCUCACGGGUGCACCAGGAAGAUCGGGCUGAAGAUUUGCGGGUUCCUGCAAAGGACCAACAGCCUGGAAGACAAGGGCCGGAUCGUCAGCUCUCUGAAGGAAAGGCAGUCCUCCAAGAGCAUGCUGGCAUGCGAGAACAGUGAGAAAGAAUCCAGGUUCCGGCGCACCGAGACAGACUUUUCCAAUCUGUAUGCCAGAGAUUUGUUGCCCUCCAAGAACGGUGAGGAGCAGACCAUGCAGUUCCUGCUGGAAGUUGUGGACAUCCUCCUCAACUAUGUGAGGAAGACUUUUGACAGAUCCACCAAAGUGCUGGACUUCCACCACCCGCACCAGCUCCUGGAGGGCAUGGAGGGCUUCAACCUGGAGCUUUCGGACAACCCUGAGUCCCUGGAGCAGAUUCUGGUGGAUUGUCGGGACACACUAAAAUACGGAGUAAGGACAGGUCACCCUCGCUUUUUCAAUCAGCUGUCCACAGGACUGGACAUUAUUGGCUUGGCUGGGGAGUGGCUGACAUCUACUGCUAACACAAACAUGUUUACCUAUGAAAUUGCCCCUGUUUUUGUCCUCAUGGAACAAAUAACACUUCGAAAGAUGAGGGAGAUUAUUGGAUGGUCAAAUAAAGAUGGUGAUGGAAUAUUCUCACCUGGAGGAGCGAUCUCCAACAUGUACAGCAUAAUGGCUGCACGCUACAAGUAUUUCCCUGAAGUUAAAACCAAAGGCAUGGCUGCAGUCCCUAAACUGGUUCUCUUUACCUCAGAGCAUAGUCACUACUCAAUAAAGAAAGCUGGAGCUGCACUUGGAUUUGGAACAGACAAUGUUAUUUUAAUAAAAUGCAAUGAAAGAGGCAAAAUAAUACCAGCUGAUUUGGAGGCAAAAAUUCUGGAAGCAAAAGAAAAGGGUUACGUUCCUCUUUUUGUAAAUGCAACUGCAGGCACAACAGUAUAUGGAGCUUUUGACCCAAUACAGGAGAUUGCAGAUAUAUGUGAAAAAUACAACCUCUGGCUCCAUGUAGAUGCUGCCUGGGGAGGUGGGCUCUUAAUGUCCCGAAGGCACCGUCAUAAACUGAAUGGAAUAGAAAGAGCCAACUCAGUCACCUGGAAUCCACACAAGAUGAUGGGUGUGCUGUUACAAUGUUCUGCCAUUCUUGUCCGGGAGAAGGGUAUCCUUCAAGGCUGCAAUCAAAUGUGUGCAGGCUAUCUCUUCCAGCCAGACAAACAGUAUGAUGUCUCCUAUGACACUGGAGAUAAAGCAAUACAGUGUGGUCGACAUGUGGACAUUUUCAAAUUCUGGUUGAUGUGGAAAGCAAAGGGUACAGUAGGAUUUGAAAAUCAGAUCAAUAAAUGCCUGGAGCUGGCAGAAUAUCUCUACACUAAAAUCAAAAACAGAGAAGAAUUUGAGAUGGUUUUUGAAGGGGAGCCAGAGCAUACAAAUGUAUGUUUUUGGUAUAUUCCUCCAAGUCUCAGGGGCAUGCCAGACUCUGAUGAGAGAAGAGAAAAGUUACACAGGGUGGCACCAAAAAUCAAGGCACUGAUGAUGGAAUCAGGUACCACCAUGGUUGGAUAUCAGCCUCAGGGUGAUAAAGUCAACUUUUUCCGAAUGGUCAUCUCAAACCCAGCAGCAACUAAGUCUGACAUUGACUUCCUCAUUGAGGAAAUUGAGAGAUUGGGGCAGGACCUGUAG